UGUAUAUAUGUAUGCAAGAAAAAUUAGGAUUUGAAAAUAUAAUUUAAUGAGAUAUACAAAUAAAUAGGAUGCCCUAAUUGAAGGACUAAACGACAGAAUUGAACGGUGUAGUGAUUUUAAGACAAAAUUAUAUAUUAUCAUAAGACUAUUUGGUUUUAGUGUCAUAUUCUUCUGUCAAAACACACACACACACACACACACACACACAGUAGGUUUGAAGAAAAAUGGCGGAGAGAAGCAAUGAAACACCACCCCGUGAGAUGAAUAACAGGCCGCAGGUGGAGGAACCAGUUCUUCCUAAGGUUACACUCUCCAUCAAAUCCCAGGAUGGCGACCGAAUAUACUACCGACUCCCGCGGGAUCGAAAAAUACAAUUCUUGUUGUCGGCAUAUUGCAAGGGGAAGAACUUAAACUUCGCAACCGUAGUGUUUCUGUACAAUGGCGAACGAAUCAAAACUUCAAAGACCGCUAACGAGCUUGGGAUGGAGGAUGGAGAUCAAAUAGAUGCAAUGGUGCAUCAAAAUGGAGGUGGCAGAGCUUCAAAUUAAAUGUGUGAUGCAUCCAGUUU